AUGCCGGACAUAUCGCAGGAUGAGUUCGAGUCAAAGUUGCCCCAUCUGGCGCCGGCGACCGCGGCCGAACUGCGCCAGCGGGCCAACUCGGGCGGGUCGCGGUCCGCCAGCUCCAGCGGCGCCCGUACGCCCAUCAAUCAAUCACGCCCGACCGGAAGCGGUACCGAGCAGCGGACCGUAUUGCGGGAACCUGCCUACGGCUACAAGCGUGAGAUUAGUCACAGAAUCUUCGUCAAUCGAUCGAUGCACCUGGAGAACAUCAAGUUCUACGGCUUCGAUAUGGACUACACGAUCGCGGAGUACAAGUCACCGCAGUACGAACAGCUCGGGUUCGAUCUGGUGAAGGAGCGGCUGGUGAACCUUGGCUAUCCGGCGGAAAUACGCCAGUUCGAGUACGACCCCUCGUUCCCGGUGCGCGGUCUCUGGUUCGACUCGCUGUACGGGAACCUGCUGAAGGUCGACGCGUACGGCAACAUACUCGUGUGCGUCCACGGCUUCGAGUUCCUCAAGCACCACCAGGUGUACGAGCUGUACCCGAACAAGUUCCUGCAGCUGGACGAGAGCCGCGUGUACGUGCUGAACACGCUGUUCAACCUGCCGGAGACGUAUCUGCUCGCGUGUCUGGUGGACUUCUUCACACACUCGCCGCAGUACGCGGAGCAGGUCGAUCGCACUGGCGUGAAGUACGGUGAGCUGUUCAUGUCGUUCAAGUCGAUCUUCCAGGAUGUGCGCGGUGCCGUCGACUGGGUGCAUAUCUACGGCGAUCUGAAGAAGAAAACGCUCGAGAACCUCGACGAGUACGUGAAGAAGGACGAGCGGCUGCCGAUGGUGCUGUCGCGCAUACGCGAGUCGGGUGCGAAGCUCUUCCUGCUGACGAACAGCGACUACACGUUCACCGAUCGCAUCAUGACGUUCCUGUUCGACUUCCCGCACGGUGGCAAACCGGACGAACCGCACCGCGAUUGGAAGACGUACUUCGACACGAUCGUGGUGGACGCCCGCAAACCACUGUUCUUCGGCGAGGGCACCAUACUGCGUCAGGUCGACACCAGCACCGGGGCACUGAAGGUCGGCACCCACAUGGGUCCGCUGCAGGCGAACCAGGUGUACUCCGGCGGUUCGUGCGAUGUGUUCACCAAGCUGAUCGGGGCGAAGGGCAAGGACGUGCUGUACAUCGGCGACCACAUCUUCGGCGACAUUCUGAAGAGCAAAAAGAUCCGGGGCUGGCGCACGUUCCUGAUCGUGCCGGAGCUGGUACAGGAGCUGCACGUCUGGACGGACAAGUGUCAGCUGUUUGCGCAGCUGCAGCAGCUGGACGUGCGGCUCGGCGAUCUGUACAAGAACCUCGAUUCGAGCGCGAAGGAAAAGCCGGACAUUCGGUCGGUGCGCACCGCAAUACGGGACGUGACGCACAAGAUGGAUCUGGCGUACGGUAUGAUGGGUUCGCUGUUCCGUUCCGGCUCCCGGCAGACGUUCUUCGCCGGGCAGGUGGUGCGGUACGCGGACCUGUACGCGGCCACCAUACUCAACCUGAUGUACUACCCGUUCUCGUACAUGUUCCGGGCGCCCGCCAUGCUGCUACCGCACGAGUCGACCGUUGCGCACGAGCAGCGGUUCACGCUCGACACGCCGAUGAUUCAGCGUACCAGACCGCCACGCACCGAGCAGGCGGCACCGGUGGCACCCGCACCGCACGAGCUGGAUGACGAGGAGGAGACCGAGGGUGACGCUCGCGAUCCGCAGGGCGAUGAUUCCAAGGAGCUGGGCCGGCUGCUGCCUGGUACGCCGCAACCUUCUUCGCUACCGUCCGCGACCGGGUCGGAACUGAGCGUGUCGGUACCGCACACACGUCCCGAAACGCCACGCUCCGUCACGCACACGCACGACGAGGACUAUUCGGACGAGGACAGCGAUGAUCAGAAGCGCACCAAAGCGGUCGAUGGCCAUACGCCCGGUGAAGUGUCCACCACGCAAUCAUAA